GACAGUGGCUCACCUUAUUGCUGCUUCUGUAUGCUCAUGCAACUUGAUUUUAGCUUUGUUAUAAAGCUUGCUAAUGUGUCGUCAUCAUGACGUUUUCCCAGUGGUGAACGCAAAGCAUUUUGGGAAUCAGCGGUACAAACAUACAUAACGCGCCAGACUUCUUUGCAUGGAGGGAUGAACGCAGUGUUCAAGAUGCCGUCUACCUGCUGUGUUAUAAACUGCAAUAGUCGUUCUCACGAUAGAAGUGGCAUAAAGCUUAAGAACGGAGUAUCCUUUUAUCGUUUUCCUGCGUGGAAAAAUAAUAGUACAAGCCGUGUUUCAGAGGUGACAAAAAGGCGUCGAAUGGCAUGGAUAGAAGCAGUAAAGAGGCCCAAGAUUACCUUCGAUAACACUCCACCACACAUGAUGGUGUGUUCAAAGCAUUUUCACAAAGGCAAACCUGCCUAUGAAAUGUUGGAGUCUGAUCCUGACUGGGCCCCUUCUCUGUACCUCGGCCAUAAUGAGGUCACCGAUAUGAACACAGACCGGUUCAAGCGGUUUAGGAGAAUAGCGAUGAGGUCACAACAACAGCAACACCCAUCGCUAGGCACUGACAACACUGGUCCUGAGGCUGAGUUGAAUAAUGGAGCACCUUUAUACCCAGGCACCAUGUCCGAGUUUACCCUGGAUAUCCAGCUGACGGAGUUGGGUUUUUCAAACUGGAAUUUCCCCGUGUGUGAGCCGCAGAGCGUUAAAGAGGACUUCUUGCCAACCCAGAUUGGCACUGAAAAGCCAGCACCAGAGACUGAAACGUCCACAGACUAUAAUGAAGAUGCCUGUGUCGUUUCGAGCUCAUCGGCUGACAAAAGCUUUCUACAGGAUCAUCAAUAUUACACUCCCUUCAAAGAGAACUCUUCAAGUAACGGAGGAACAGCUCUAAGCAGUUCCAAAAUCAGUUCCUCAGAGAAGAAGGAUAAAGUCCUUAGCAAUUCAUGGAAUAGAGGAAGAAGAAGAGAAAGGAAAGAACAGAGAGAUGAUGAUGAUGAUGAUGAUGAUGCCGACGAAGAGCAAAAUGGAGAAGAGGGAAUGAAAAGUGACAAGGAACAGAAAUGUUCAGAAGUGAACCAGGAAGCCUCCGGCCUCACAAUAGAUGAUGCUGUGUCUGGUGAAGAACGGACAGAUGAGGAUGCAGAAUUUGUUUUGACUGAUGAUGAUGAUGAUGAUGAUGUUGAGGAGGUGGAGGUAGAAGAAGAGGAGGAAGAUGAUGAUGUGGAGGACAUGGAUAAGGAGGAAGAUGAUGAUGAUGAUGGUGAGGACAUGGAUAAGGAGGAAGAUAAUGAUAUUUCGCGGUCAGAGACUAAUGGAUCUGAAGAGAAUGAAGAGAAUCGCUGCCAUGUGUGUGAUCUCACUUUCUCCUCUCUCUUCUUACUCCGAGAACAUUUAAACAUGCAUACGGGUGUUCGUCCCUACCGCUGUGAUGAAUGCGGCAAGCAGUUCUGCCAAUUAGUCAAUUACCGUACGCACCUUCGCUCCCACUCCCAGAAGGCCUCCAUCCACUGUCGUGUUUGCUCAACCAUAUUUGAGACCGAGGAACAGCUCCAGCAGCACUUGGACACCAACCAUUUUGAGAAAGAGUUCUAUCAGUGUGAUUUCUGCAAGCAGAUUUUUACUGAUCUAGAUAUGUGCAAGGGCCACGUCGAAGCACACAGACAACAGGCGAAGCGAUAUUUGUGCCUCAAAUGUGGCGCUAGUUUUCGCCUUCGCAACUCGCUGCUCCGCCACCUGGAAUGGCACAGCAGAGGCAUCUUCUCCUGCUCAGACUGUGAGCUGACUUUCUCCAGCAAGGUUUCUUUGUUACGCCACAGUUUCUCUCACUUAGGCGUCUUACCGUAUACAUGUCUAAAGUGCAAACGUCAUUUCCGUUUGCCCUCUCUCUACCACAACCACGAGUGUAAGCCAGAGAGCAUCCAGUGCAUGGCGUGUUUGGUUUUCUUUCAGAGUCAGGAGGACUUUGAUAAGCAUAAGAAGGACACAGGAUGCUGGGGUCAUCAGGGAGCUUUGCCUACCAAGACAGACGAGAUCCGCUGCAUGGAGUGUGGCCAAGUCUUUGCAAGCAUUGAGGAAUUAAAGAAGCACGGAAGCACUCACCAGAGGGUCCUAAAAUGUGCUGAAUGUGGGAUGGGUUUCCGCUCGUCACUCAUGCUUAUGUCACACAUGGGAGGGCAUGCAGGACAGCGGCCGUGUCUCUGCCAGGACUGUGGCCUGGGCUUCCCACAUCAACAGGGUUAUGACAGCCACCUGAAGACGUGUGGAGUGGUGACACCUACAGUGGCUGCUGUGAAGAAACCCAAACCAAAAGCAACUCCCUCUCCACAAAUAAUAAAACAAAUUACUCCUAACAUAAUCAUCCAAACUGUUGCUCAGGCCUCAGCACCUGCCACAUUCCACAGUAGCUUGAAGGAAGUCCACAUGGUUCCAUUCGGGGACAAGAAUAAGGGUGCUGAUGGUAGGUGGAAGUUCACUUUAAAUAAAGAGCCUCCUCCAGGUAUGCCUUUGGUCAUGCUUCUGCCAGUUCCCUCUACACAGUUCUCAACUACCUCAGUUCCUACCAAGAGCUCCCAAAACGUUUUACCAUCCUCUCUGGUCGUAGAAACAUCUGCUCCACAUGUUGUUUCCAUGCCGGUGGCCCUGUCUGGCACUGUCAUUAGUAAAGAGGUAGAGAAAGACACUGUAGAGCCCAGCAGAACCGACAUUCCUUCAAACACACUCAUUCCUGUGCAGAGUCAUGACAGUAUCUCUCAGAAGAGGUGGACCGCUUUAGAAGACCAGGGUUCUGUUCAAGUGUUUGCUAGAGAAAAUGCAAAGGCAGGGGAACAGGCUGCAGGUGUGGCAGUAGCAAAUCAGGAAAAGAACAUUUCUGCUCAAGUAGAAGUGGAGAAUAAGCAGCAAACUCAAUCAAAUUUGAAGCCUAAUGCACUGGCUGAUGAAAACCAAGUUCCAGGGAGUUCAUCAGAAAAUGCGUCUCUCAAUCCCACCUGCCCCAUGACACCAUUAUGUCUAAUAAAGUUCAAGGAGGAGAAGGAUGGUGGUGACAACAUCAAGAAAAGCUCUUCAGACUUGAAGGAACUUGACUCCUCGCCUAUAAUGGCAGGAGUAGAAGGUUUAAAGAGAAAACCGGAGAAGCAAACGCUGGAUUCUUCGCAAACCAGCUCUCAUGAACUAGUCUCUUGUUCUUCAGAAAUUACUUGCCACAAAAAGGUCAGUAAAGAUGAAAGAUUAUUCAGAGAAGUUGUGUCAUCUGACAGGAUGUGUGCAGAGUCACAAAUGGAAUUUUCUGUGAUGGAGGACAAAUCCGAAAAUUGUCCGCAAGGGCAAAACGAAUCUGGUUUUGAUGUAGAGGUUGAAGUUAAUGAAGAUGUGGAAUCGAGCAGCAUGGAAGUGGAGAUUGGGGAUGAAGACAGCGGAGUGGAUAUGUUGGAAGGUGAGCUUCAUGAAUGUGUGACUUGUGGACAAGUCCUUCCUGAAAAGGGUAUGAUUCAGCACUACAUGAAGCAUGCGGCUGACAGCAACAGUCCUGAGCUCUCUUCUGUUAACUGUGCCUCUCACACUACAGAACAAUCCUCUCCAUGUAGUCCUUCAAGAAAAAGACUACGAUCUGGCACAGAGUUGUGAACCUUAGUUCAAGAGUAUUUUCAAUUAUAUUAUUUUAAAUUGAUUUGCAGUUAUUGAUAUUACACCGACUUUACUUCCAUUCCGGUUACUUGACAGGGGUCCCAGUCCUUUUUACCAAAUUGUAACUUGGGAACGAUUGGUGAUUGUUUAAACCAAGCGUGUCUUGAAUGUGUUCCACUUUUGACAUUUCUUUCCCGGUAUCUUUUUGUUUACAUUGUCUUCUAGAUACAAUAAAUGUAGAUUGGAAAUUGGGAAAAAUCCUUUCUUUUUGUUUUAUGUAUAUUCAGAUUUAGUCUUUAGUUUAAGACUAUUGUGACUGUGUACUUAAAAAUAAAUAAAUAAAUAAAAUAAAAAGUUUUCAGUUUCUUCAAAAUAAGCUAAUAUUUUAAGCCAAAUCAGUGGCACCACUACAGCAAUUUUUAGUUUCAAUAAUAUAUAAGAUACUGGGAAUAACAAAAAUAAAUGAGAAUAAAUUAAGAAAAAAAAAUUGCAUUUCUAUAUCUCACAGAUGUUGGAUAUAACGCACCAUGUCUGUUUAAUGAAUGUAUUAGCAUUUGCUCAUAAAGUUUAAUUUUUUUGGCCAGGAGGUGUUAAAAAGAACAGAAACCAUUUGUUAAGGGAAGAUGUGGGCUAGCCACGAUUCCGUUAUAUAUAUAUUAUUACAGAAAAGUGUUUCGGUACAUCUUUCAGUUCUUUUCUUUACUUCUUUAACGCUUGGCUCAUGAUAUACUGUUUUGGUGAUUCUUUGAAAUUAAUACUGUAAUGGUAAAACGGAGCAUAAUGUGAAAUACAGUUUUUAUUAAAAGAAAAGUAUGAAGGUCUUAUUUGUUAUUGAGAACACGGAUCGUUAUUACUCAAAAUAAAGUGAAAUUGUUGGAUAAA